AUGCUCCUCACGCCCCGCCUCGGCGAGCACGGCAACUCGGCGUCUGAGGAGGCGUGGUCGAAUGCUCUCCGCCGCUGGCCCGCGCUCCAGCCCUGCGAGGCGCUCCGCGCCACGGGCAGCCACGAGGCGGCUCUGAGCGCGCUCCUAAAGCUGGCGGAGGCGGACGAGCCUUCCCCGGUCGCCGGCUCGCCGGCGUCCGCACCGGCGCUUCCUCGUGGCGCGGUGCCGCCGGCGCUGUCCGCUUACCUGAGCAUGCUCGGCGGCGAGCACGCGGCGCUGCUGCAGCAGUACGUGCGCUGGCUGGUGCAGCACUCGCACCCCGACGCGGUGCUCCCCAGCCUGACCGCGGCGCGGCCGGCAUCCGCCGCGCCGCUCACGCCGGUCGCCGUCGCUGCAAUCCUCCGCGACGAGGCUCCCGCGCUGCUGGUGCCGGCGUACGCCUCGCGGCUGAAGGAAGCGGCCGCGGCGGGCGGCGAGCAGGGCGCGCUCGAGCGCCGGCUGAACGAGCUCCUCUCCGGCGCCGUCCUCUCGCGUGCGCAGGCGGAGCAGCUGCUGCCCGCUGCUCGCGCCGGCGUCAUGGCGCGGAAGGGUUUGGCGCGCGUGUCGCUGCUCUCUCGGCUGGAGAGGCAGGGCGAGGCGCUCGCUCUGCUGGUGCGCGAGGGCGGUGACCCGGAGGCGGCUCGACGGUACUGCGAUGCGCAGCCGGAGGGGCAGCGGGCGGAGCUGCGGCUCUGCUUGCUCGACCUCUACCUCGGCGGCGAGCCCCGGCGGGUGGAGGCGGCGGUGGCGCUGUUGCGGGACUAUGGGGCGGCGGUGGCGCCGGAGGCGGUGCUGGCACGGAUGCCUCCCGACGCACCGAUCUCGCAGCUGGCGCCCGUGGCGGAGGCGCUCCUCGGCCGCUCCUCGCAACGGCGCCGCGAGGCGCAGAUGCUCCGCGCGAUGGAGAAGGCGCGUUCCGUCCAGCUGCACGCGACCAUGCUCUCUCGGCGGGCUGGCCGCACCGUCAUCACUCCGGAGACGCUCUGUUCCGUUUGCUCCAGCCGGAUCGGGACCGCCGAUUUUGCCGCAGCGCCAGGGGGAGAGGUGUGGCACGUUGCGUGCGCGGGCCACGCCGCGGCGGACAUUCGGCGAGCGUGA